CUUAUAAUGUUAGCAGUACAGUAGUUUGGUCAUUUCAGUAAGAGCAGGCAAACGAAACAUAGCUGUGAUCAGGAUCUUCGUUCACAAUGGAUGUCCAUUUGCUUCCAUUACAUGGAGACCCACACAUGGUGGUUGAGCCAAGCGUCCAGAUUUUUGAGCAGCCCAAACAGAGAGGCAUGCGCUUCAGGUACAAGUGUGAAGGGCGUUCUGCAGGCAGCAUCCCGGGAGACAAGAGCUCAGACAACAACAGAACCUACCCCAGCAUCCAGAUCCUCAAUCACUGUGGAAAGGGCAAGGUGCGCGUAUCACUGGUGACCAAAAACGAGCCGUACCGGCCACAUCCACAUGACCUUGUGGGCAAGGACUGCCGAGAGGGCGGCUACUACGAGGUGGAGUUCGGGCCCGAGCGCAGGGUCAUUGCCUUCCAGAACCUGGGCAUUCAGUGUGUCCGGCGGCGGGAGGUGAAGGACGCCAUCGUCCAGCGCAUGACUCGCGGCAUCAACCCCUUCAAUGUUCAACGAGAGCAGCUUCUACAGACAGAAGAGUAUGACCUGAACGUGGUGCGGCUUUGCUUCCAAGUGUUCCUACAGGACGAGAGCGGUCAGUUCAGCAUUGCCCUGAGCCCCAUCGUCUCCAACCCCAUCUACGACAACAGAGCUCCCAACACAGCGGAGCUGCGCAUCUGCCGUGUCAACAAGAACAGCGGUAAUGUCAAGGGCGGCGAUGAGAUCUUCCUGCUCUGUGACAAAGUCCAGAAAGACGAUAUCGAGGUGCGCUUCUUCUGUCAGAGCUGGGAGGCCAAGGGCAGUUUCUCGCAGGCGGACGUCCACCGCCAGGUGGCCAUCGUGUUCCGAACGCCGCCCUACUACAACACGUCCAUCACCACGCCGGUGACCGUGCGCAUGCAGCUGCGUCGCCCCACCGACCAGGAGGUCAGCGAGCCCAUGGAGUUCCGCUACCUGCCAGACGACAAAGAUCCGUAUGGUUGCCAGGAGAAGAAGAGGAGGAGGGAAGACAUGAUGAAGACUUUCUCCAAUAUCCAGACUGGUUUGAACCCAAUGAGUCGACCCAAGGCCAUUCCACAGACCAGCAUGAUGUCCCAAUUUAUUAAAAAGGAACCUCCAAACGCGUACACCAGCCAUCUCAGUAGUGGUAUGAUGAGACAACAUGGCUACCCCUACCAGUCUGGCCCUCAGCGCCACAUGAUGCAUCACCAGCCGCUGCAACCCUCCCCCAUGUCAGUCAACCACUGGCAAGCUAACCCCAAACUUAGCCUGGACAGCCUCCACAUGAACACCUCUGUCCCGAGCACAUCUGUUAGCCACAGCAACGGGCCUAGCAUGCAGCAACAGCAGCAGCAGCAGCAGCAGCAGCUACAGCAGCAACAGCAGCAACAGCAGCAGUUGCACUCAAGCUCCGCCUAUGUUGGCGCGGGUGAAAGCUCCGGCAACAACAGCCUCCCUCAGCUCAGCAUGGGUGACCUGGCCUGCCUGGAUUCCGAUGCCCAGGGCGCCGCCGCCGUCGCCGUGGGUCAGAUCCGACAAGAGAGCCAGGGUAUAUUCUGCGGCCGAAAGGCCGCGGCAGCUUCCGACCAGGCGAUGAUGCAGUCCCAAUGGGGCAACACUGUGCAGCAGUCCUGCAAUCCCACCAUGAAUGGCGGUGGUGGAGGCGGCGGCGUGGGCUAUCCCUUCGUGGAGAUAGGGGACUUCCUACAGAACCUCCUUGAUGGGAGCCUCCCAAAGCAGGAGCAACCCGUGGCCAUGAUGGGCCAAGCACCCUCCGCCACAGCAGACUGCCAGCAGUCCUACACCACCCUGCACUCCUGCUCCGCCAACAACAACAGCGCUCAAGAGGCAAUGAGGCAGGUUGUGGCCAAGGCCGCCAACGGCCCAAGCACCACAGACCACGAGGCCAUGGACAGAGCGUGGUACUACCAAGACCAGGCCCAGUAGUCCCGUGGUGAAGGAGAGGGGGCCUUAAGGUGGUUGUCUGGAAACAAGUCUUGUCAGAUGGAGAAUAUGGUUUAUUUGAUAAAGAAAGUAAUCAGUAUGUGUAUAGGUAAUGCAAGGAAGUUCUCUUCGCUGAUCUCGCCUGGUUGUCUCUUUGGAUGAAUGUAGGUGUUCUGGUGCUUUGUCAUUGAGUUACUUGUCCAUGUCGAACUGGAGAUUGAGAUGAGAACAAGGGGUUAAUGACAGUUUUCUUUGAUGUGUAUAUAUAUAAAACAUUAAAGCUGUUGUUGUUACUUAAAAAAAAUUGCAAAACUGUCAGCAGUGGCAAGAUAAUUUUGUUCCAACUGGAAAUUUUAAAGUAAUGGCUAUGUCAUACCGAAAACAUGUUUUCCAGAGUUCUCAAAGUGACACACAUGUGCUUCAAAUGUAAGUAUACAUAAAUAGAGAAAGUAAAUGGCUUAGACUUUUAAUGUAAGGGGAAUUGUAAUGAUGAUUGAACAGUGACACUGAAGUGUCUGAGUAUCAACUUUGUCAUGUUGCCCUAGCAACAUUGUCUUUUCCUCCAUUUGAUUUGUUUCAUGGCACUGGCUUGUCUUUGUCUUUAUAUGCAAUAUUAUUUUUAUGGAUGUUAAAUGAAUAGUUUUAUAAUCAAAACAGUCUUUUUGUUCCAUACAUUUUUCUUAAUAAAAAAAAAUAAUUUUUAA